AUGUCAAGAGUGUGCGGUCCGUUUGGCACAGCCUAUACUACUUGGAUAUCACGUUUUAAGCAACUGGGAAUGCGGGCCCGUACCGCAUGCUGUACACUAAUGUAUAAAAAGUCACUCAAGCUAAACCAGUUAUCAAUGGGAAAAACAACAUUGGGUCAGAUCAUAAACUUAAUGACAAACGAUGCAAAUCGGUUUGAGCAUUUUCCACUGUUUGCUAUUCAAUUCUACAUGGGUAAAAUGUUUUCAAAAGUUAGAUUAAUGAUUGCUAAGCUGACUGACAAAAGGCUGCAAUAUAUGGUUGAGAUCAUAUCCGGAAUGCGAGUCAUUAAAAUGUAUUCCUGGGAACAGCCCUUCGCAGACCUCGUGGCUGAGGCACGAAAACAGGAAGUGUCGUGUAUACAAAGAUCUUGCUUUUUAAAGGCAAUCAAUUUGUCGUUAUAUUGUAUGGCAACAAAGUUGAUCUUAUUUCCCAGCUUUAUCACCUUGGUACUCACCGGUGAUGUACUGACCGCUAAGGCUAAUACAAAUAGCAAACAAUCGCCCGAAGUGUCCAUUAAUGACAUAACAGCCAAAUGGAGUGAUGAGAGCUCGUUUCCAACCCUACAAAAUAUUUCGGCACAUUUAAUAGCCGGAGAUUUAUUAACUGUAAUUGGACCGGUAGGGGCGGGAAAGAGCUCACUAUUGAUGACAAUCCUAAAAGAGCUGCCGCUUCUGUCGGGGAGUAUAGAAACUGUGGGAUCGAUAAGCUAUGCCUCUCAGGAGUCCUGGAGUUUCAAUACUAGUGUCCGAAAUAAUAUACUUUUUGGAGCCGAAUAUAACGAAUCCCGAUAUCAACGAGUGGUAGAGGUGUCCGCUUUGGAGCGAGACUUCGAGAUAUUGCCGUUCGGAGACAAGACAUUAGUCGGUGAGAGAGGAGUACAGCUAUCGGGCGGACAGAAGGCCCGCAUCACGUUAGCCAGAGCUCUGUACCGAAACUCAGACAUCGUAUUAAUGGACGACCCGUUGAGUGCUGUCGACACUAGUGUUGCCGAACAUAUAUUUGAUAAAUGUAUAGUCGACUACUUGUGCGACAAAAUCCGUAUUCUAGUCACACAUCAAAUCCAAUUCAUACGAAAAGCGACACAAAUAUUGGUUUUGAACGACGAGGGAAAGUGUCUGGGAUUGGGAUCCUAUGAUGAGCUCCAGUCCCGGGGCUUAGACUUCAUGUCUAUUCUCAGCGAUCAGGAGAGGGAAGCGGACGAUAAGGUAGUGGAACAGCACAGGGAACUAAAGCGUACGUUUUCUCAAAACAGUUAUAAAUAUAAAGGUGACGCAAAUAACACUGAUCCCAGAAUAACUGACGAGAAACGUGAAACGGGUUCAAUAUCUGGCAAAGUAUAUUGGACGACUAACAAAAAUCAAAACACGGCUAAUAUUAACACUUCUGAUCAGAACAGAGAUGUGAUUAUCUACUCCUCACUGAUGGCCGCGCUGUUCAUCGCAUCCCUAUUGAGAGCCAUCACAUGGUUUGUGAUGUUUAUGAGGGCUUCAGUUAAUCUCCACAACACUAUAUUCUAU